AUGUCGCCCAAUGCACCCAAACUCAACGACCCGUCGCUCUUUGUAGGAGCCAACUACAUUGACGGGAAAUGGGUUGAGUCCAGCUCUGGAGACAGGUUUGAGGUUCAUGACCCGGCUACCGGUGCUUUGAUCGGCACCUGCCCCGAAUCCGUCCCCCAAGACGUUGACGAUGCCGUCAGGUUUGCCUCGGCAGCUUUUCCCGCGUGGAGGUCUCGCACCGGCCGCGAUCGUUCUAGGGUCCUUCGACGUUGGUAUGAACUAGUGAUAGAGAACAAAGAAGAUUUAGCUACCCUGAUUACAUGGGAAAAUGGCAAAGCGGCUGUUGACGCUGCUGGCGAGGUUAUGUUCGCCGCAAGCUUCUUGGAAUGGUUCGCUGAAGAAGCCCCUCGCGUAUAUGGCGAUAUCAUCCCCCACAGUCAGCCCAACUUCCGAACCGCCGUUUUCAAGGAGCCCGUUGGAGUUGUUGGGCUUAUCACUCCAUGGAACUUCCCUGCUGCUAUGAUCACCCGCAAGCUAGCGCCAGCUCUUGCUGCUGGGUGCACAGCAGUUGUUAAGACGGCCGGGGAGACACCUUUCACCGCUAAUGCUCUUCUUAUCCUAGCUGGAAGGGCCGGUGUGCCAAAUGGCGUAAUCAAUAGCAUAUCUGCCCUUGACAACACGCCUGCUAUUGGCCAAGCAAUCUGUGCCAACAAUUCUGUCCGCAAGAUCUCUUUCACGGGAUCUACACAGGUCGGCAAGCUCCUUAUGAACCAAUCCAGCAACACAAUGAAGAAGCUGAGUCUUGAGCUUGGCGGAAAUGCGCCAUUCAUUGUUUUUGAUGAUGCGGAUCUUGACCUUGCCGUUGCUGGCGCCGUCGCUAGCAAAUUCAAGUCAUCCGGGCAGACAUGUGUAUGCAGCAACCGAUUGUUCGUGCAGGAGGGUAUCUACAACGAGUUUAUCCGAAGGCUCAAGGCUGUUGUCGCUACCUUCCAUGUUGGUUCGGGCUUCGACAAAAAGACCACGCAUGGCCCGCUUGUCACAGCCGCUGCAGCAGAUCGUGUGGAAAGUCUUGUUGAAGAGGCUGUUAAGUCUGGAGCUAGAAUUGAAGCAGGUGGAAAGAGGCUUCACGAUAUAGGCAGUAACUUCUUUGAGCCUACAAUUCUCACCAACGUAACCACAGAUAUGAGGCUAGCGAAGGAGGAGAUUUUCGGCCCCCUCGCGCCUGUCUUCAAGUUCAAAACGGAAGAGGAAGUGGUGGAUAUUUCCAACGACUGUGAAGUCGGGUUGGCUGCUUAUGUCUUUACAAAAGACAUCAACCGCGCUGCUAGAGUCACCGAGACAUUGCAGUUUGGCAUGGUCGGAGUCAAUACUGGUGUUAUUUCCGAUGCAGCAGCCCCAUUCGGAGGUGUCAAACACUCUGGCUUGGGUCGCGAGGGAAGCAAAUAUGGUAUUGAAGACUACCUACAGCUGAAGACUGUGGUGACUGGCAAUGUGAAUGUCAAGCACCGCGCGUUAUUAUAG